AUGCCAAAGACGUACGAUCACCAAGUCACGGUGGAGAAAACCCCAGGGUACUUUGUCACCCGCGACGUACCAAAACGAAUCUUCGAAAUGGACCCCACAAUCAAGUUAAUUCUGGUGGUAAGGGACCCAGUAACCAGAGCCAUCUCAGACUACUGCCAGGCAAUGAGUAAACACGCCAUGAAAUCGUUCGAAAACAUGGCUCUUCUAGACGAACGUCUGGGCCUGGUCAACACGUCCUGGGGCGCUAUCAAAAUCGGCGUCUACGCUAAACAUAUGGAGCACUGGUUGAAGGUUUUCUCUCUACACCAGAUUCAUUUAGUGGAUGGUCAGAUGUUGAUAGAAGAGCCAGCACGAGAAGUGGCCAAAGUGGAGACAUUUCUUGGCCUGCCCAAGUAUAUAAAUGACUCGCAUUUUUAUCUCAGAGGAUUUAAGGGCACUUUCCCAUGCUUGAUCCGCGAAGGGAAGCCCCACUGUCUUGACGAGAAGACCAAGGGCAGAGACCAUCCUGUGGUUAAAGAAAGUGUUCUGCAGAGACUCAGGGAUUUUUAUAGACCUUUCAACGCCAAAUUUUUUCAGAUGGUUGGGAGAAGGUUUGACUGGAGUUAG